CACUCCUGCAAAGGCUCUCUCGUUCAAAGAAUGUGUCCGGCACUUUACUCCUGCAUGGCACGCCGCGGUAAUGGGAACAGGCGCAAUUACAAUCCUUUUCCACUCCUUCCCGUAUGGCACGAAUAACCUCGCACUCCAAUCCGUUGCACUAGCAUUCCUCAUCUUAAACCUGAUAUUCUUUACUGUCAUCACCACUCUAACCAUCCUCCGCUAUGUCCUAUUUCGCGGAAUGUGGAUGGCUAUGCUUCGACACCCUACGCAAAGUCAGUUCCUUGGCUGUGCGCCGAUGGGGUUCGCAACGGUUAUUAUUUCUGCUACGGGUAUCGUGCAUGAGUAUUUUAAUUGGGGUGGAAGGGCCUUCGUGUAUGUCCUUUGGGCACUUUGGUGGGCUGAUGUAGUGGUUGCGGUUGCUAUUUUCUUUGGACAGUUGCAUAUUAUGUUCACUCGCCAAACGCACGACCUCUCACGAAUGACAAUGGUCUGGCUACUACCCGUCGUAACGAUAAUCGUCGUCGCCUCAACAGGCGGAGUAGUCGCACAAGCCCUCAUACCCAUCGCACUCUCCUCCCCUUCUCCCUUCAUCGCAUCACACAUAUACCUCACACUGGCAAUAUGCAUGAUGCUCGUAACGAUGGGCAUCACCUUCGCUCUCGCUGUGAUAACGAUAUAUUUGUUAAGAUUGGCGGUGUAUAAGCUACCUGGAGGUUUAUCGAUAUUCAGCGUGUUCUUACCUCUAGGCCCACUCGGACAGGCGGGAUUUUGUUUUCUCAUUCUGGGACAGGUAUCCAGCAAGGUGUUUCCUGUUCCAUACCUUCCUGUCAGCAAUACCUCCGGAUCCGAUGCAUCGAACAUCAAUGUAUUCACGAACGUCAACUCAAGCUACGUCAUAUACGCCGUUGCCUGGCUAAUCAGCUUCACAUUAUGGUGCCUUGCAACCGCAUGGGUCACUUUCGGAUUUGGAGCACUGGGAGAUGUGUUGGUUUUGAUGAGGGAGUGGAAGAGGUUACCGUUUAAGGUGACGUUUUGGGGGAUGAUUUUCCCUAAUGGUGUCUAUGCAAACUUAACGAUCCAACUCUCUAACACACUCGAUUCACAUAUCUUACGUGUAUGGGGGUCGAUAUAUGCGGUUUGGACGCUCCUGCUUUGGCUGUUUGCAGUGUUGAAUACGAUGAGGACCUUAAAGAAUGGGUCGAUUUACGAGGAGUUGUGUGUGGCUGUGGAGCGUGAACACGGUGGUGAUGGUCGAGGUAGUGCUGAGACAAGAUCGGAAGAGACUGUGAAGAGACAGAGUGGAAGCGUUAGGAUGGAGUUAGAGGAGGAAAUGGACAGAGACGUGUGUCCUUGAGUAGAAUGUUUUUGGAGGUGCUCAUAGUUAUCUGGGAUACACAUUUAGAGGAUACAGUAAAAUAUGACAAAACACAUAAUGCUGGGACAAGACCAAAAU